AUGGAUCAAACUGACCCUAAUAGGCCAAAUCGAUUUUUACCUAAAAAAGAUGACUUCGUGUAUGGUGACUCUUCUACUUAUUUUCAGCCUCAAGGUCCAGAUGUAACCCAGCAUCCAAUUUUGCAGCCAGAAAUCCCAGGCCAAGAACUAUUUGAUAUCUAUAAGCGCCCUCCAUCUCCAAAACUUAUAUUACCAGACGAUUCCUACUUCUACAUCAACGUUUCAGGCCAAAUAGAAUACGCCGAUUUUCAAGGAGUUGACAGCUUAUUUAUGAAAUAUGAUUUUGUUGCAGGUCCAGAAUGGCAAAUCAUCUAUGGCCAAAAAUCAGGCGGCUCGCAAACAGCUUAUAAAGCCCGUGGCAGCAAUCGACGACUUGUAUGAAAUUUUCCUUUCAACCUCGGCUUUCGCAGUACAAAUCUUAAAGGCUGGCCUCAAUUAAUCAUCACAUGCAUAGGCGGGGAUUUCUUAGGACGAGAAGUAAUCAAAGGGUAUGGAAAUGGCCAUAUCCCUACACAACCAGGCCGCCACGAAAGGACUCUUUACAUGUAUCGUCCUAAAUCCUCCUCUAUUUUAGUCAAUUUCAUAGGAGCACUCAAAGGGAAACUAGCUGAACUUAUAGACCCGCCAUCUACUUUAGGUAUGGCUGAUGGAAGAGAAGUCACCAGAAUGGAGUCAGGAGGGUCAGUAAAAAUUGUAUUCCAAGUAAGCCAAACGAACAUGGAGAAGUUUGGCUACUCUGUUAAAUCGAUUAGCUAA